UCCGUCCUCACUCCAGACCUCUAUAGCUUUUGAUUCUUGACACUUAUUUAUUUCGACUCCAACAGUUCAAUUCACUUCAGGACAAGCAUAUACCAGUCACAAACGGCAAACAUAGCUAAGAAUGGAGCUCCUCGAUCCCGCAACAGGCGCUGCCCUCCCCAACGACGCCAUCCAGCGCAUUCUCUUCGUCGCCAACGCCGUCCAUGUCUAUAACAUUCCUCCUCUUACUUCUACAAAGGGCUACUCUGCCAGUACAUGGACCGCCGAACCACAGCGCCAUAUAUUCACUGCCCGUCUGCGCGUCGUCGAGACAGCCUACGAAUCCGAGUCGUCAACCAACAAGCUCAAAGUCGAUGCGGUGCUGGAGGAUGCUUCAUCAGGCCAACUCUUCGCCGCAGCGCCUUAUACCGCUCCUGGUGUUGUAGAGCCGGUCCUCGAUAGCAGCCGCUUCUUUGCAGUGACAGUGCGCGAUCCGCAGGGUCGAAAGGCUAUCCUGGGUAUUGGUUUUGAGGAGAGAAGCGAAGCGUUUGAUCUGAGCAUUGCGCUUCAGGAAGCGCGAAAGGCGCUAGGCUGGGAGGGCGAACAGAGCAAACCGGCGGCGACGAAGGAGAAGGAGGAGCAUAGAGAUUACAGCCUCAAAGAUGGCGAGACUAUCACUGUGAGCUUUGGCGGAUCAAAGUUCGGUAGACGCAAACAACAAGAUAACUCAUCUGGUUCAGGAGCUGGAGGUGAUCUUCAGUCAUUUGCGCUACCGCCACCACCUGCUGGACCAAGCUCGUCAGGCGGGUUCUCAUUCCCACCUCCACCAAGUGCAAAUGCUGUUAAGCAGCAGAAGCAAUCAGCCAAGGAUCUUGGAUUUGACGACGGACAGUUUGGAGAGUUUGCUUAAAGGAUUUCACGGAUAAAUUGGUGCAUCAGCGAUAUGAUUUGAGAAAAACACACAGUAUAUACACUAAGACAUGCUAAACAUUGAACGCC